GCCCAGUCAUGCCAACCCUCUCUCUACAUUAGCACCACCAAAAAGUCUCCUCUCCACUGCAUCCUUUUAUUUAUCCUGCACCCUCCACACUAUCCUACGCACCACCUCCCCCUCCGUCGAAUCCACCACCAAAAUGGGAAAAGGCGGCGCCCUAAGCGAUGGAGUGAUCAAGAAGAUCAUCCUCUCGUACACCUACGUGGCGAUCUGGAUCUUCCUGAGCUUCACGGUGAUCGUGUACAACAAGUACAUCCUCGACAAGAAGAUGUACAACUGGCCUUUCCCCAUCACCCUCACCAUGAUCCACAUGGCCUUCUGCUCCUCCCUCGCCGUCCUCCUCAUCAAGGUCUUCAAAGUCGUCGAGCCUGUCUCCAUGUCCCGCGACACCUACCUCAGAUCCGUCGUCCCGAUCGGGGCCCUCUACUCCCUCUCCCUCUGGUUAUCGAACUCCGCCUACAUCUACCUCUCCGUCUCCUUCAUCCAGAUGCUCAAGGCCCUCAUGCCCGUCGCCGUCUACUCCAUCGGCGUCCUCCUCAAGAAGGAGUCCUUCAGAUCCGAGACCAUGACCAACAUGCUCUCCAUCUCCUUCGGCGUCGCCAUCGCCGCCUACGGUGAAGCCAAGUUCGACACCUGGGGUGUAAUGCUCCAGCUCGGGGCUGUCGCCUUCGAGGCGACGAGGCUUGUUUUGAUUCAGAUCUUGCUCACCUCCAAAGGAAUCAAUCUUAAUCCGAUUACUUCCUUGUAUUACGUGGCGCCUUGCUGUUUAGGGUUCUUGUUUUUCCCGUGGAUCUUCGUCGAGCUGCCUAUUCUUAGGGAGACGUCGAGCUUUCACUUCGAUUUCGUGGUGUUUGGGACUAACUCUGUGUGUGCGUUCGCUUUGAACCUAGCUGUUUUCUUAUUGGUGGGGAAGACGUCUGCGUUGACGAUGAAUGUGGCUGGUGUGGUGAAGGAUUGGCUCUUGAUUGCUUUCUCGUGGUCUGUGAUUAAGGAUACGGUUACGCCGUUGAAUCUGUUUGGGUACGGGGUUGCGUUUUUGGGGGUUGCGUAUUACAAUCACUGCAAGUUGCAGGCGUUGAAGGCUAAGGAGGCUCAGAAGAAGGUUCAGCAAGAUGAGGAAGCUGCUGGGAAGCUUUUGGAAGUGAGGGAGAGUAGUGAAGGUGCUGGAAAGCGUGAUGAAGCUGAAGACUGAUCGUGUAUGAAGGAAAAAGGUUUUGUGGAUCUGAUUGAUGUGUGAAAAGUUUGAGAGGAAUAAGAGCUGAAAGGGUGGUUUGUUAGGAUGAUUUUGGUUAGCUUUGGAGGUGAGUUUUUCAGCAGGGUUUUUGCGCAUCUUUUCGGGUUCUCACUACUUUUGCUUCAUCAUCUUUGUCUUAGGUAUGAUUCGUGUCAUUCUCUGUUCUUUGAGUUUUUUCUUUAGUUGCUAAGUUAUGGGUCUAAUUACUAUUUGAUGGUACAAUGUCUUAGUGAUGCUUUUACAGUAUUACCACACGAACCUUUGUUUUUCUAUUGGAUCUUUGUUAUUUCUUCUUUAUGAGUCUUGUGUCGGUAACAGUUGUUUUAAGUAGUUUACUUUAUAACAGCUGUUCGGUUCUUUGUUUA